ACUCGCGCAAACUGAAGUCGCAGUGUUAGCCUUUACCUCGGGAAUAUCAGACCUGCUGUAUAUAUUUCUCUGUUUGUCUGUCUGUCUCUCCCUGUCUGUCUUACUGCCCGGGAAUAUGGCGGCAGCUGAGUGAGACACACACUGCUCAAACACACACGCAAUCUUUUUCUGAAGGUGGGAUGAAUUUGGAUCGAAUCGCCACCGACGCCGCGAGACUCCCGCCAGCGCGCGACAUGGCCUCCGCUUUCCACGCUCACGUCGCGCGCGACACACUGGAGCACACGAGCAGUGAAUCAUCGGACACUGAGACUGCAGAGAAGGAACGAAUUGUUGAGCAGCGCACUGAGGACGGAAACCCGGACGAUCCGAAGAAGAAGAAGCAGAGGCGGCAGCGGACACACUUCACGAGCCAGCAGCUGCAGGAGCUCGAGGCUACGUUUCAGCGUAACCGGUAUCCGGACAUGAGCACGCGCGAGGAGAUCGCAGUGUGGACCAAUCUGACAGAGGCGCGAGUCCGUGUGUGGUUUAAGAACCGACGGGCGAAGUGGCGGAAGCGCGAGCGGAAUCAGCAGAUGGAUUUGUGUAAAAACGGUUAUCUGCCGCAGUUCGGUGGCCUCGUGCAACCCUAUGAGGACAUGUACCCGGCAUACGGCUAUAACAACUGGACCAACAAGGGGCUCGCGCCCAAAAACUUCCCGUUCUUUAACUCCAUGAGCCCGCUAGCGUCACAGCCCGUGCUCUCGUCCCCGAGUUCAAUUUCCUCCAUGAGCAUGAGUAUGAGCAUGGCCUCCAGCAUGAACAGCAUCAGCAACCUGAACGGCCUCGGAGGCUCCUCUAUCAAUUCUGCCAUGAGCUCCUCCGCGUGCCCGUACGGAGCCCCGCCCCCCGCGCCCUACGGGGUCUACCGGGAUACGUGCAGCUCCGGCCUAGCGACCCUUAGACUCAAACCCAAGCAGCAUCCCGGUUUUGGAUACGGAGGAUCCGCGUGCCAGUACAACAGCUAACGGAUUAACGGAGACGUAAAGAAUAGAAAAGGGAAAAAAUCGCCCGCGCGACCAAAACUGGAUCCGCUGUUAUUGUUGAAUUUUUUUUGUUGGUAUUAUUCGGAUGGAUUUUUGCGACUCUCCUGUUUACCCGAACUUGCACAAUGACUUAAUCAAAUCCACGCGCUUGGAUUUCAAAGUGAAGAUGUUACAUUGCAACUCUGUAAAUAGUUUAAUGUAUUGAACAAAAACAAAAAUAACUUUUUUUUUUUUUUUUUUGCUUUUAAUAAAAAAUCCUGCCAUUUCGGGCCAUUUAA